AUGAAGAUCACUUCCGUCGUUUCUUUCCUCGCCGUCGCUGUCGCCACGGCGCAUGCAUGCGGCUACUGCCAGUGCCAGUACUCUGAUGGCAGCCACUGCUGCGUAGCGCACAGCAAUGGCAAGACUUGUGACGAGGUCUGCAACGGUGCCGCCUACGGCGUCACCCUCGGCAGAGAAAAGUUGUACUGCAAUGCUGCGGGCGCUUCGAACUGCAUCUCAUGGUCUUCUUACCAAGAUCGGAAACAAUGCAUCGUGUUAUAUCUCCUCUUGGCCCAUGCUGUUUCGACGAUGGAUGUCCUGUUCAAGCUCAACCCCAACACCGACUCAUCCCAAAUCUCGGAGAUGCGCGCCGCGGGCGACGCAAUGGUCGGUGUCGUCCCGGGCCUCAGGUCCUUCACCCUGGGCCCGCCGCUUGCAAGCACGGCGCACCGUGCGCAGGGCUUCGAUAUGGCGCUGAUGACGGUGAUGGACACCGAGGAACAGGUACUGGCAUACGCGGGCCAUCCCGCGCACCUCAAGUAA